AUGAUGAGCGUGUUUCCCGUCUACACGCCGGCGCUGGCGUUCGACAAGCUAAGAACUCGCCAGGGCAAAGUGGCCGAGCUACGGAUCGAGCUGAACAGCGGCGGAAAGAAGGACAAGAACCAUGCGAUGAAAAAGGUGGCCCUCAAGAGGAUCGUCGCCAACAUGACGAUGAGCAACAACGACAUGGUUGCCCUCUUCCCCGACAUCAUCGCCUGCAUGCACCUCCCGAGCCUCGAGAUCAAGAAGAUGUGCUUCCUCUACCUCGUCAACUAUGCGCGCGCCCGACCCGACAUCGCCGCCCAGGCAAUUCCCAUACUCGAACGCGACAUGGACGACGCCAACCCCCUGAUGCGUGCGUUGGCCCUGCGGACCAUGUCGUACAUUCACGUCAAGGAAUUCGUCCAGGCCACGGUGCCCAUAGUGAAGCACAUGCUGAAAGAUGGCGAUCCGUACGUGCGCAAAACGGCCGCUUUCUGCGUCGCCAAGCUGUACGAUCACGACCGGCAGAUGGUCGAGCGAUCCGACUUGAUCGACCGCCUCAACUCCUUGCUCCGCGACGACAACCCCACCGUCGUCGCCAGCGCCCUCGCCGCCUUGAUGGACAUCUGGGAGCGCAGCGACACCAUCAAGCUCACCAUCGACUACAACAACGCCUCCAAGAUGGUGGCCAUCCUCCCCGACUGCUCCGAAUGGGGCCAGACGUACAUCCUCGAGGCCUUGAUGUCCUACGUGCCGCAGGAAACCAGCGAGGCCGCGCUGCUGGCGGAGCGAAUUUCCCCUCGACUAUCUCACUCGAACUCUUCGGUCGUCCUGACUUGCAUCCGGGUUAUCCUGUACCUCAUGAACUACAUAGCCGACGAGAAGCAGAUCUCGGCUCUGUGCAAGAAGCUCUCGCCCCCAUUGGUCACCCUCCUCGCCAAGGGUCCGGAGGUGCAAUACCUCGCGCUGAGGAACGCGUUGCUCAUCCUGCAACGACGGCCCGAGGUGCUCAAGAACGACAUUCGCGUCUUCUUCUGCAAGUACAACGAUCCCAUCUACGUCAAGGUCACCAAGCUGGAGCUCAUUUUCAUGCUCGCCAACGAGACGAACAUCGAGGAGGUCUUGACGGAGCUGAGGGAGUACGCGACCGAGAUUGACGUGCAUUUCGUCCGCAAAGCGGUCCGCGCCAUCGGCAAGCUGGCCAUUAAGAUCGAGCCGGCGGCGCGGCGGUGCAUCGACCUGCUGCUGGAGCUCGUCUCGACCAAGGUGACGUACAUCGUGCAGGAGGCCACGGUCGUGAUCCGCAACAUCUUCCGAAAGUACCCCAACCAGUACGAAUCCAUCAUCGGCACGCUGUGCGAGCAUUUGGAUUCCCUGGACGAGCCCGAAGCCAAGGCGGCCAUGGUCUGGGUCAUCGGCCAGUACGCGGAUCGCAUCGAGAACAGCGACGUGCUGCUCGAGGACUUCCUCUACACCUUUGCCGAGGAGCCGGUCGAGGUCCAGCUGGCACUCCUGACGGCGACGGUCAAGCUGUUCAUCCAACGGCCGACCAAAGGUCAAGACCUGGUGCCCAAGGUGCUGAAGUGGGCGACGGAGGAGACGGACAACCCCGACCUGCGCGACCGGGCCUACAUGUACUGGCGGCUGCUGUCGACGGACAUGCCUGCGGCGAAGGAGAUUGUCAUGGGCGAGAAGCCGCCGAUCACGGCGGAAGCGGAACGACUCGAGGCUCCGACGUUGGAGGAGAUGUGCCUCAACGUCGGAACGCUUGCGACGGUCUACCUGAAGCCGGUCCAGACCGUCUUUCGAUCGGCGAGACCGCGGAAGCUGCAGCACUCGCCGGCCCUGCAGGAGCCGAACACGCUGGCGGACAGGGACAACCAGAAGAGCAUCAGCAUGUUCGGCCUGGGCGGCCAGCCGACCGACAUGGACUUGCGGAGCCACGACGCCAACCGGUCGAGCGACGGAGGCAACCUUUCGCAGGCGGUGAGCGACGCCGACGCCUACUUUUCGACCGUCGGCACGCAGCAGACGGCGGCGAUGCAGAUCGAUCAGGGCGAUGGCGCGUUCGGCGGCGGCGGAGGCAACGGCACGGGCUACGUCGUGAGCGCUCAUGCACCGCAGCCUGUCCUUCCGCCGGCCCAGGGUGGAGGCAGCAACGGCGAUCUGGUGGCGUUGUGA